AUGGGCCACGGAACAAUGGACCUUUACCCUACAUUCUUGACCACUCAGCGUAACCUUAAUGUCCUCGAUGAGACGUGGAUGACGAUAAUUCUUCAGAUAGGCGGUAUAUUGGGCUGCGUUGUCGGCGAGCAUCUCUCACACACGUACAGUGCCAGAUGGGUUGCAGCAGCAAACAUACUUCUAAUCGCCGCUUGGCUGCCACUUUGGGUACUUCCAACCACAUGGAACAAGCUUACUAUCGGUGCAUUCUUCCUAGAGUUAUUUUAUGGUUGCGCAAUCGGCAAUCUGGUUAACUUGAUGCAACAACUCUGUCCACAUCCCGGUAGGACGACGAUAUCAAGAACUGACAACCGUAAGGUGAUUGGUCUCCUGCUCAUAACGCUCAUCAGUAUGUCACUGAAGAGCCUUAACAAGGAGUGGGACGAAAAAGACCCUAACGCAGCCAUCUCCACUGCUCCUAUACAAAACGACUAUGAGACAAAGAACAUUAAGAUAGGCGAGCAGGAUCUGUCAGGUUCCAGCAAGUCAGAGGGCCGGGAGACACAGACUGUUCAUAUUGAAGAAACCGAAGGAUAUAUCGAUUCUAUCACAAAGAAGUUGUAA